AUGCUGCAGAGCAAGAGGAGGCUACUACCCGACACCAGGCUGCAGAAGCAGGCUACCGGCAUCGCAUGCUCCUGGCUCGGGCGCGGCAACGGCAAGGGGUGCGUGAGAUGGGAAAGCGUGGCGGCUGGAGCUGCUAUAGCACCCCCUGAGCGCUUCAAUCUCUUUGCCCUGGAGGAGCAGAUGUCCCAGGCCAAGCACCCAGAAGUAGAGGCUGAGAAGCGUAAAAUGGUGGCAAACAGGGGCGACCAGAAGACCCAGACGUCGGAUGCCAAGUUUGAUGAGCGCUUCAAAUUUGCCCAUGGUCUGACCGGCUCCAGCUCCCAGCCAUGGCGUGAUGAGGAUCGGGGGGACGGGGAGGCUGCGUAUGCGGCGGCGCAGGCGGACCUCCUGGUGGCACUGCGCGCGGAGCGGCUGGAGCGGGAGGCCGCUGAGUCAGCGCGGCAGCGGCAGGUCCUGGCCGCGCAGCAGGCCCCGGGGCCUGGCCGCGGCUACCACAACACCUAUGGCUACGGCCGGAAGUGA